CGGGUGUUUGUGUUCCCGAAGCUGUCGGGAGCGACGGGAGCAGCGGGGCGGCCCGCGGGCGGAGCGGCCCCCGAGGAUGCCGUGAGCCCAAACUGAGCCAUGUGGGUCCCGCGGGAGCCCGGGCAGCGCUGGUGGCAGCGGGAGGUGCGCCGGAGGCUGCCCGUGCUCGGCUGGCUGCCGCGCUACUCGCUGUCCUGCCUGCGGCUCGACCUGACUGCCGGCGUUACCGUGGGGCUCACGGUCGUGCCGCAGGCGCUGGCGUACGCCGAGGUGGCCGGGCUGCCCGUGCAGUACGGCCUCUACUCUUCCUUCGUGGGCUGCUUUGUGUACUGCCUCCUGGGCACCGCCAAGGAUGUGACGCUGGGCCCCACUGCCAUCAUGUCCCUGCUUGUCUCGUCCUACGCCUUCCAUGACCCUGCCUAUGCUGUGCUGCUCGCCUUCCUGUCUGGCUGCAUCCAGCUGGCCAUGGGGCUCCUGCACCUCGGUUUCCUCCUGGACUUUGUUUCCUGCCCAGUCAUUAAGGGCUUUACGUCGGCUGCUUCCAUCACCAUUAGCUUCAACCAGGUCAAGAACAUCCUGGGGCUGCAGGGGAUCCCUCGGCAGUUUUUCCUGCAGGUGUAUGAAACGCUGAGGAGGAUCGGAGAGACCAGGUCAGCACUGUCCCUCCCAAAAGCACAUCCGUGGGGCUGUGCAUUUGUCACAAGUCCUCCUCCAAUUUUUGGUAGCCCAAGAGAGGAGCUCCCAGCCAGCAGCCCUGACACAUCCCAUUGCAGGGCUGGGGAUGCCAUUCUGGGGCUGUCCUGCCUGGCUGCACUCGCAGGGCUGCGGGCCAUGAAGAACCGCCUGCACCCUGCUGCCAGCACAGAGCCACUGGCUACCAGGGCCAGCAUCCCGCUCGUCCGCAGCUGUGCCACCGCACGCAAUGCCCUGGUGGUGCUGGCUGCUGGCUUGGUGGCAUACUCCUUCCAGGUGAGCGGCUCCCAACCACUGACACUCACUGGCAGUGUUCCCCGUGGGCUCCCCCCAUUUCGCCCACCACCCUUUUCCAAGGCUGUUCCCAAUGGCACUGUGCCCUUUGGCAGGAUGGUGCAGGACAUGGGGGCUGGGCUGGCCGUGGUCCCCCUGCUGGGUGUGCUGGAGACCGUCGCCAUUGCCAAAGCUUUUGCUUCACAGAACGAUUACAGGAUCGAUGCCAACCAGGAGCUGCUGGCCAUGGGCACUGCCAACAUCCUGGGCUCCUUCUUCUCUUCGUAUCCCAUCACAGGAAGCUUUGGCCGGACAGCAGUGAAUGCACAGACGGGGGUCUGCACCCCCAUGGGGGGGCUCGUCACAGGCACCCUGGUGCUGCUGUCCCUGGCUUACCUCACCUCGCUCUUCUGCUACAUCCCCAAAGCGGCGCUGGCAGCCGUCAUCAUCUCUGCUGUGGUCCCCAUGUUUGAUGCCAGGAUCUUCAGGACGCUCUGGAGGGUUAAGAGGCUGGACCUCGUCCCCCUCUGUGUGACAUUCCUGCUCUGCUUCUGGGAGGUGCAGUACGGCAUCAUGGCUGGCAUGCUGGUCUCAGGCAUCCUCCUGCUCUACUCUGUGGCCAGACCCCCGAUCAAGGUGUUGGAGCAGGGUGUGCUGCUUGUGCAGCCGGGGAGCAGCCUGCACUUCCCUGCUGCUGACCACCUCCGGGACAUCAUCCGUGACCGAGCGCUGGCAGCAUCCUCACCGUGCUUUGUCAUCCUGGAUGGCCACCACAUCACCAGCAUCGACUACACGGCGGUGGUGGGGCUGGCUGAGCUGCUGCAGGACCUGCACAAGCACAGCAUCUCGCUGGUGUUCUGCAGCCUGCAGGACCCAGUUCUCCGAACCCUGCUGGCUGCAGACUUGGAGGGAUUCCGACAUUUUCCCAGCUGGGAGGAGGCAGCACGCUGUAGCGAAGCAGAGCUGGAGGUCAGCAGGACAGCCUGCAUUGACAGCACCGGUGAGAGCUCACUGCUGCCUGCAGGGCUCAUCCAGUGAGGCAGAGCAGCAGUGUGGGGCUCGCUCUGUGCUCCAAGAGCUGCUCCCAGAGACUGCACAUCCUGUGCCUGCAAGGGCAGGCAGUGCUUGGGGGAGAGACGUGGGGACACAGGAGCGACCCGAUGGAUCCCUCAGUGACUCCAGGAUAAAGUCACCCCCUGAAGGUUCGCCCCAUCCUGGAAGAAACUGCCUUUUAAAAUCAGAUGUUUUAUUUCUGGAGGCUUUUCUUACUCCGAUACACUUCAGAGAACUGUAAAAUCUUUGAGUUCUGACACACAGAUGCACAUUUCAAGGACAUAGGAGCUACCAUGCAGCUCAAGGCCGCGCUGCAGCUCACAGUGCCAGGAAAUUAAAGCCUCUGUUAUAUGCU